AUGCCUCACAAGUCCCUCUACGCCGACGUCUCCAUCCCCGAGACCGACAUCUUCACCCUCCUGUUCUCCCGCCCCUCCAGGCCCUUCCCCGACACCAAGGAGCUCCUCACCGACGGUGAGCUGCCCUCCCGCUCCUACACACUUGCCCAGCUGCGCAACGCCGCCGCCGAAUUCGGAAAGGGACUAAAAGCCCUCUGGCAGUGGAAGCGCGGCGAUGUCCUCGCCUUCUAUACCCCCAAUGACGUCGACACUCCCGCCUUGACCUGUGGUGUGCUCUGGGCCGGCGGGUGCGCGUCGCCCGCCAACCCGCUCUACACCCUCGACGAGCUGACCUUCCAGCUGACCAACAGCGGCGCCAAGGCUCUCGUCACCCAGCUUCCAUUCCUGGCCACCGCGAGGCAAGCCGCCGCCAGGGCCGGCAUUCCCGAGGACAGGAUCAUCCUGCUGGGCCAGACCGGCGACCCUGAGGGCAAGUUCCGGCACUGGAGCAGCAUCAGGCCUACAGCCUACUGUAGGCGCUAUGCAAAGACCAAGGUGCGGCCCAGGAAGGACCUGGCCUUCCUUGUCUACAGCUCUGGGACGACGGGACUUCCCAAGGGCGUGUGUCUGACGCAUUAUAAUGUCAUAUCCAACUUGCUGCAGAUGGAACCGUUGGAAGGACUCCAUCUGAAGCCGUACGGUGGCCCUGAGAACAGGGGUGAUCGCCUGCUCGGUGUAAUCCCCUUUUUCCACAUAUAUGGCCUGGUGAAUAACGUUUUCAUGAGCAUGUAUUCUGGAUGGCAAUUAGUAAUCCUCUCUCGUUUCGACCUCGAGAGGGCCUGCCGGAUCAUUCAGGACUACAAGAUCACAUUUGCCUAUAUCCCUCCUCCAGUAGUCUUAGCCCUAAGCAAGGAAGCAGUGGUGGACAAGUAUGAUCUCACGUCCCUCAAGAUACUUCAUUGCGGCGCGGCACCCAUCACCAGCGACUUGAUCGAGAUGGUCUGGAAGCGCCUCAAGGUGCCCGUGAAACAGGGCUACGGGCUAUCCGAGGCGAGCCCCGUCUCCCAUGUCCAACAGCCGGAUGAGUGGGCCAAGUUCAUGACAUCUGUUGGGAAGCUGGUACCAAACAUGGAGGCGAAAAUUGUUGACACGGAGGGCAACGAGGUGGCACUCGGUGAGCCAGGCGAGCUCUGGCUCAAAGGCCCCAAUGUAUUCGGAGGCUAUCUGAACAACCGUGAGAAGACAAAAGAUGCCUUCUCAACAGACGGCUGGCUCAAGACAGGCGACGUUUUCAAGAUGGACAAGUACGGCAACUAUUACUGUGUCGACCGCUUAAAAGAACUGAUUAAAUACAAGGGCUUCCAGGUCGCGCCAGCCGAGCUAGAAGGCCUGGUAGUAGGCCACCCGGACGUCGCAGACGCGUGCGUCAUUGGAAUAUACGAUCCCGGCCAGGCCACAGAACUCCCUCGCGCCUAUGUGACACUGAAGUCAGGCGUCACGCAGGACGGAGAAAAGGCCAAGGAGAUCGCCGACUGGAUGUCGGCCAAAGUGGCCCCUCACAAGAGGCUCCGCGGCGGCGUAUACUUUAUCGAUGUCGUGCCCAAGUCUCCGAGCGGCAAGAUUCUGAGGAGGGUGCUUCGGGAUAAGAUCAAGCAGGAUGAGAGGCUGGCUGGUCCGAAAUUGUAG